AUAAGCAAAGAAAAGUUGGCGUCUGACUUGGUUUGUCUACUGGACGAAGCUUCUCGGCCUCGGGACGUUGCUGCUCUGAAAGCGGAAAUAGAGUCAUACUUCAUUGUUGGAGGAGCCCGCAUCGACAUGAUAGGAAAAGUUAUGGAGCUUGAUAACAAUAUUGGAACUUACAACUUUGAUAUUCCAAUGCUCGAAGAGACUGAAACAGGAAUUAUAGAAGCCGGCAAGUCGCAAGGUAUAUGAGAUUGCGAUUUUAGGGUCUUUUGUCUAACGCUCUUUACAUAUCUCAUCUAUGAUUAAGUAUUUAAGUUAUUGUUUAUAUAUUAUUUCAAUUUAUGUUAGACAAUGCACAAUGGAAAGGUUUAGGAAAUGGCUAAAUUUUAGUCAUUUUAUAAAUAUAUCUGUUUAUUAGCUAACAAAUUGUACAUGGAUACAUGCAUACAGUAUUAUUUUAUAUUUCUAAUCAGUCGAUUAAUUACUUUUUAACCAGGGUCUCGCACUCUCGCGAAGUCUCUAAUUUACCAGAUUCUACACUCCUUAAACUGCCUAUAAUCAUAACAAAUGAAAAGUGAUUUUGCAUAUAAAUUGUCGGUGAAGUAUUGAAUAGUAUCAGGAAAAGUUAUUGUCAUUAUCAAUUAUUAUAGUAGAAGCUUUUUCUGUAAUUGUGAGAAUAUUAUUAGAGAAGACGCUUAUUUCUAUUCUGAAGGCACAUUAAGCACUGACCUCCGACAGACCUUCACGGAUAAUCUCCUCAGCACAUACAAACAGCUGGAAAGAUCAUUUAUGAUAAAGCUUUAUGAACUUCAGAAAGCCCUU